AUGACGUACCUUUUGAAGUUCGGAGAUAGGCAUGACAACAACAUUAUUGUUAUUAGAGAUGGUCAUUUAUUGCAUAUUGACUACGGAUUCAUCUUAGGUGAUGUUAAUAAGUCUUUUACGCCACCAGUGAAAUUAUUCAGAGAAAUGGUGGACAUAAUUGAUCCGGAAAAUGGUUUACAGGAGAUUUGUGAUUGGAUUUGCUCCACUUUCAACUCAUUAAGAAACAGAGCAAGACUAAUUUUAGUUCUUAUCGAAUUGAUGUUCACUGCUCCUCUUGAGUGCUUCUAA